UAGUGCCUUUGCCAGUAUCCGGUGAUGCUUCACUUGAUACAGAUGUAGUCCAUAGAGCUCUGCCUUCUAAUAUGCAAGAUAUUCUACUCGAGAAUGCUGCAUUAAAAAAGAAAUUGUACAAUCUUGAGCAAAGAAUAGAAACAGAAGAUCAACGCUUUGAUCGCAGAAUGCAUGACCUACUGAAGACAAUUUUUACUCCAGGACAAAUCAGGCUUUUAUUGAAUCCAAGACUAAGUAAAACCAAGUGGUCAAACGAAGACAUUGCGAAUGCAAUAUCGUUGAAAUGUGCGAGCCCAAAGGGAUAUCGUUAUGUGAAAAAUGUAAUGAAAAUACCACUUCCUGGCAUGUCAACACUUCGAAGGUGGGCAAACCGAGUUCGUAUCGAACCGGGUAUUCUUUCGAGUGUACUUAAUGUUAUGAAUGCUAAGAAAACAUGCAUGCCUCAUGUUUAAAAACUAGUAGUACUUUCAUUCGAUGAAAUGUAUUUAAGUAAUAAAAUAAGUAUAGAGCGAGAAAAGGAGCUUGAUAGCUCCUCAUGUUGAGUUUUCAAAAAGGAAUUUGCAUAAGCAAUGCUUCCUUGCAACAAUUAUUGCAGUAUCUCCAGGAAAAAUAUGACAAAUACGAUAUUUCUUAUUUGAUAACAUAUCGCUUGAAUCAGGACUUACUCGAACAUUUUUUUUCUUUCGUGCGAUCAUUGGGAGCCACUUACGAUCAUCCGACUGCUUUAGACUUGCAGUUUCGUAUAAAGCGUUUUAUUUUAGGUAAACAUUCUAGCCAAUUGAUAAUAUCGAAACCAAAUGUACAAAGUGAAGAAAUCUAUGAACCUUCCUUCGAAUUUUUCGAUGAUUCGUUGUUAGCAAAUAUGCAAGUCUCGUCCGUUAAUGCAGACGAAACCGAUGCCAAUAAUAACUCAGAAUACUGUAAUGAAUUGUGCGUAUGCGAAAACGAGUCCUCUAUUUCGCUCGAUUUAUGUAAUUUCACUCCGACUUGCGAAGAAGAACAAUUAUUGUUAUUGUUAGACGAAUUAGACUGUAGCGACGUUAUGGAAGAAGAGGCUUUGAAAUAUAUAGCAGGGUACGUUGCAUUCCGGUUCAAACAUAAAUAUACACUAGGGCUACGUUCCAAAACUUCCUCUCCGAGGAAAAUUUUACUCGAAAUAUAUAGUACACGUAACGUAUACUAUAGCAUAUAGAGUAAAAUCUUCCUCAGAGAGGAAGUUUUGGAAUGUACCCUUGGUAUAGAAACGAGACAUAUGGAUGUUCCGAGCGAUGUAAACAGUUGGCUUCAAUUUAUUUCACGCGGAAAAUGUAUAUAUCCCUCAGAACAGCUGUUGCAAAGUGCAAAAAUCGUAAAUAUGGAAUUUGAAAAAUUUCACGGUGCGUCCUUGAGAAAGGAUACAUUUAUUUUUCAAAAAUUGGCAAGGUUAACGUCAUCUAAAUUAAACGUCCACAUUCCUAAAGAAGUAAUAUUGUGUCUAAUUAGGACUAGAACUUAUAUAAGAUUGAAUGAAUUAAAUAAAGCACUUGCUUCUGAAUCCAGA